AUGUCGCCCUUGCUGCUGGCGGUCGGUGGCUGGCUGGCAGCAGCAGGCGUGCUGGCUCGCGACUGCCCGGACUGUGUCAGCAGGAGUUGGAGCUGUCCCAAGAGAUGCAGUCCAUCGAACACCAGGCUUCACACCUUUAAUUUCCAGUACAAGGAGACUCGCUGUUUGGACAUCAUUCCAUGGAAUGGCAGCUCGAUGCAGGUCGACAUGAACCUAUGGUGCGCCAUGCCGUCAACGAAGCGGUGCCGUGAUUUCGAUUUCAUGUGUCGGAGCAGGAUCACCUGCUACAACAUGAACCGGUUCACAGCCCGUGGCAUGAUUUCCUCGCUUGGAUUCUGUCCUGUGCCUGCAGAGCACUCGGAUCUUAUGUCCCAGAACUGCGACUGGGUUUGCAAGCGUGGCGAGCCGACCAUCCGGUGCAAGUACGACUUUGACCGUUCUGGCAGAUUUGGGAUACAGUCAAGACUGGAUACUUGCUGGGUCCAGGAGAGGUGUGUCAGUGGGCAAACUCAAACGUUGACGACCGUAUGCAAGCCUGAUGGUCGAGCGAGCACAUCUCCACACGCUAACGUGCUCGGAUUUGCGACUUUGCUGGUGACGGGCCCAGCUCGUUUUGCAGCGCAGUCUGGGGUGGACAACGCCUUGGGAAGUGCGCUGGCGCAGUUGGUAGCCACUUCCGAGACACACAUCACUAUGAAGAUUCGCAGAAAUGGAACAUGGGAGCGCAACAUGCUGGAGAACACGACGCAAGCUUUGCACGCGAUGUUCAACAUCUCCGUGGUCGGCAAUGCGAGCUCCGACCCCCUGCAGCGUGCGAUUGCCACCAAAGUUUUGAUGGAACAAGUCAACAGCAGUCAAAUCACCCAAGCCAUGAACUCGGCACUCAUGGCACGAGGUUUGGAGGCCUCCGUUCAAGCAGCCGAUCUGACGGUAAGUCCUGGCCUGCAGAACUUGACCGUUCAAGGGCCCUCUCGGCAGGAAUUCUAUGCGCUUGUCGCGCUCCUGCGGAAAUACAAAGACUACUUGAAUGAGGUCCACGCGGACCUCCAAGAGGCCCAGUCCGAGCUGAGCCUUCAGAACCUAUCAACUGAAGAGUUCGCGAGCAUCAAGGCCAAGCACAACUCCGCUCAGCAGCAUAUGUCCGAGAUCAUGUCGUCACAUGCUGAGCUUUCCUCCGAGAUCGAGAAUGCCAUCGCGAAGCGGAACUUGACGAAGCAUGCGCUGGCGGUUGCACAAUCGGCAGCACAGUCCGCCGCUGCGGAGUUGCUCAGGACACAAGCGAACCUGUCCUCGUCGCAGGCUGAUCUUGCAGCGCUGAAACAAAAGCAAGUAGCAGCUGAGAAAGACCUUCUGAGCGCCUUGGCCGUGAAAGAGAGCUUGAACAAACAGCUGAAGGAGAACACAACCCGGCUCGGCACGUCUCUCGAGGCUGUUUACGAGGACCUCAAGUACAUGCGGAAGCUGUUGGUGGAAGCCCGGCAGGCGAACCAGAGCAACUACAAGGAGCUGGAAGACUUGGAGGGAGACCUCCUUGAGGAGCAGGCCAAUCACAACGUCACAAAGUUCGCUUUGGCCCUCGAGCGCGAAGACCACGACAUGACAAAGGACGAGCUGGAAGAGAUGACAGCAGAGCAUUCGCAGAUACAGUGGCAGCUCCGGUCUGAAAAGCAGCAGCACCGGGAAACCAAGCAGGACCUUCAUGACGAGGAGCUCCUACACCUACAGACACAGGCGAAGUUGGAAGAGGCGAGCAAGACUGCCUCCACGAUGACCUUGACCUUCGUUCUUGUGACAUCUUGUAUGUCGCUGCUGCUGGUUGUGCUGGCGGCAGCAUUCCUUGUGACCUUUUUUCGCAAGCGAGGCGUCGAACGUCUUGCAGUCGUGGCCGACGGCAGUGCAGGCGACAACAACAUCGUGGUAGGCCGGCCAGUGGAGCCGGCCUCCAGAGAUGCCUGGGUCAAGACGGUCGAAAUCGGCACAAAGCCGGGACCCACUCUGCUGAGCUGCUUGGGGAGCCCGAUGAAGCACCCGAAGAGCAUCGGUGGGGCAACAAGCGCUUGUGACGGCACCUUUUGCACAAAUCCUGCUGGCCCCAUGUGGCUCCUGCUUCCAUUUGCAUCAAUCACCUGCCUCGGGCAAUCGGGGCGUCAGUCAACAAUCGCUCGCAGAAGCAACACCCCUUCUACGGCAGGCCCCCGAGCCUUGGCGAGUUUGCCUUCUCGCAAAGCUGGAGCUCGGCUGGUCCUGGCGGAUUCUGGUGGCGCAGAAUGGUGGAAAGAGGCCGGCAAAGGCGAAUGGACUCAAGUCCAGAAAGCGAGCGACCCUGAUUUGGGAAGUCCCUUCUUCUCAGUGGCCGCGGAGCUCGGAACUGGAGUCGUUGCGGUUGGAGGAGGCGCCGGACGCACAGCCAGCAUCUUCGGUCCGAAUGGAUCCUUGCUGGCCACUCUUCGCGGGCACACCGGUUGGGUUCGUGAUUUGCUAUUCCACGACGGCCACUUGUUCAGUAUCGGGUGCAACUUCAUCAAAGUCUGGAGGCGACAUGGUGCUGGCAUGCGAUCGGCUUCGUCUUGGCAUCACCUCGGCGACCUUGAGGUAAGAGGCGAUCUCCUUGCACUUGCCGUGUUCGGCGGGUUUUUGGUCGCAGCUGGAGCCUCCAAGCACCACAACUGGUUCCGACUGCCAGUCAGAGAGCUACGCCCAAAGGACUGGCUCGCCGAAGCGCAAGCAUCACUUACCGAAAGCGAGAGCCCUCACGCUGGUCGUACGACCGCUUUGGUUUUCGGGGCGGAAAGGCUGUUGUCAUGCGGGCACGAUGGCCGAGUAUGCGCAGAGAGGAUGCACAGCGACGACAUAUUCCGUUCCGUAUCGUCCGAUGAACUUCCGGGUGGCAAGCUUCUUUGUAUGGCUCUCCUUGAGAAAGGAAAAGUGGCAGUUGGCAGCGAGGAGGGUCUGGUGCACGUUCUGGAUGCAGAAAGUCUGCAAGCGACUGGAAGCUUUCGGCCUUUCGCCCCUGGCUCUCCGGUCCAUGCGCUUUGCGCCCUCCCUGGAGCUCGCGUUGCAGCGGUCUCGAGCAGCUUUGCGGGCUUCGCAGUGGCAUCACCGACAGAGAAUGCAAUCGAACUUGUUACAAAAGGCUUUCUGGGCCUACCUGAAGGCCGGAGUGAGGUGGCCUGGAAUCUCCGAGUGCCUGCCAACGAGCCAUCUGGUCCGUGGCGCUCUGUCUUCAAGGAGCGGGAUCCGGCGGUGGAAGGUUGGCUGAGAUCUCCAGCAGAUCCCCGCGUGCGUGCAUUGCGCCAACACCUGGAGAGCGAGAACUGCAUGUCGGGGCUGCCGGAAUUCUCACCGUCCAGUGCUGAGUUCAACGUGUCCCGUGCAUUGGAGAGCUUUCAGACCAACGGCUUCGUGGUCCUAGACCAUGCACUGUCCAAGCUACAACUUGAAGACCUGCGCAAGGCUUGCAGCAACAUCAUGGACCAGAUCUUUGCAUCCGAUCCUGAAGGAAGUUUCGGUGGAGGAGCGGGGAAGCUGCCACAUCGUUACAGCUUGGGGGACUCCUCGAGGACCAAGUCCAAUUUCCACUUGCAGGCCUACGCUUCCCUGGUGGACUUAGAGACCACGACUCCGCUCCUGAUGGCUAUAUUCGGAUCGCAUGAGUACCUCGCAGCGGGUUGUGGGGGCGAUGUUGUUUUGGCUGGCGCAAUUGAGUACCAAGCUCUGCACCCUGACGCCAUUUGGGGCAUGCUUGAAAAGCAUGUUGCAGACUACGACAUACCACCCGCUGUGACGGUGAAUUUCGUGUUGGAAGACCUCACUGCGAUCAAUGGUCCGAUGCGGGUAGUGCCCGGUUCUCAUCGCUGGCGGCAUCGCCCUCCAACAUUGCGCGAGGAACCUGACUGGAUGAUGCUGAACACCCUCUGCCCGAUAAAAGCAGGAGCCGCAAUUUUUCGGGACAACCGACUUUGGCACGGUGGCACCCCGAACCUUUCCGACAGGAUGCGGGCUCUGCCGAACAUGGAGUAUUUCCCUCCGGGAGCUCUGCCUUCUUUGGGUUGGUUAGAUCGGCACACGAUGCCCUGGCAGAUCUGGAGGGAUCUUUCUCCCCUCGCGCAGUACAUUUCACGAUACGUUGUGGCCCCGCCUGAAGAGUCCAUCCCGUCGGUCAACGAAUACUCCCCAGCAGCGAUUCUUGAGAUCAUGCCCUUCCUGCGAUAG